GAUUCUUGUUGUCAGUGUCACUUAGUGUCACUCACCAUCCAAUUAAAUUAAUCUCUAGUUUUUCCCUUUCGUAGAUUUACAUUCAAUAAUUCUACAAUGGCUAUGCCAGUCCGGGUUCUUUCUAAGUUCAAAGAUGGACUAAAACUCGGCAAUGUACGAUUUGCAUCCGGCAACCCUUAUGCUGAAACCAGAAAAAAUUUGAUCCUUACAAGUGAAACAAAAGUGAUUGUUCAGGGUUUCACUGGAAAGCAGGGUACCUUCCACAGCCAACAAGCCCUUGACUAUGGUACUAAAGUUGUUGGAGGAGUGUCACCAAAGAAGGCUGGUACAGAACAUCUUGGUAAGCCUGUGUUUGGUACAGUCAAAGAGGCAAAGGCAGGCACAGGAGCAACUGCCUCUGUUAUUUAUGUACCUCCCCCUGGAGCUGCAGCAGCCAUUCUAGAAGCUAUUGAGGCUGAAAUGCCCCUCAUUGUGUGCAUUACAGAAGGUGUGCCACAACAUGAUAUGGUGCGAGUAAAACAUGCCCUCUUGAGACAAAACAAGUCUAGACUGGUUGGUCCUAACUGUCCUGGUAUCAUUGCUCCCGAGAAGUGUAAAAUUGGUAUCAUGCCAGCUGCAGUGCACAAACGUGGUUGCAUCGGAGUUGUAUCGCGUUCUGGGACAUUGACCUAUGAAGCCUGUCAUCAGACUACUAUUACUGGCUUAGGCCAAACUUUGUGUGUCGGUAUUGGAGGGGAUCCCUUCAAUGGAACAGACUUCAUUGACUGCUUAGAAGUUUUCCUCAAGGAUCCUGAGACCAAGGGCAUCAUCCUCAUUGGUGAAAUUGGUGGAAAUGCUGAAGAAUUAGCAUCAGAAUAUUUGACUCAGUACAAUACUGGUCAAAAAGCGAAGCCUGUGGUGUCGUUUAUCGCCGGUUUGACGGCUCCCCCGGGCCGACGAAUGGGUCACGCCGGUGCCAUCAUUUCGGGCGGCAAAGGAGGCGCCAUGGACAAAAUUAAGGCUUUAGAAAAAGCUAAUGUAAUCGUCACCCGUUCUCCGGCCAAAAUGGGCGUGGAACUUCACAAAGAAAUGAAACGAUUAGAGAUCAUCUAAACUUAACGUUCCUUAAAAAUGUGUAAACGCGUUAGGUCGAACCACUCUUGUAUAGUGUUUUAGUUACUAUAUUGCUAUUAUUUAUUUUCGAUUGUUGUUACAAUUUGUCUUGUAUUGUUAUUUUGCGAUUCCUGAGACAUAUUGAUAUUUUCAUAAAAAGAUAAUAUUUAAUCUCGUACAUACAUAUAUCAACCAGAUUGAGUUUUAUAUAACAAUGCUUUAUUGGUCUUGUUGAAAUUGCUAUAGCAUGCACGAAUUCGAUAGUGCACCUUAUGAGAUAAGCGGAUUCAUUUGUUAAAAAUUCUAUAAGAUAAUUAUUGUUAUAAGUAGAGUUUACCUACUUUCAAAUGUAAUAUUCGCUUAGAUGUACUGUAAUGUGUAUCGUAUUUGUGAUUUGCCUGUAUGGUUGAAAAGAAAUUUAACUCGAAAUAUA